UGUUCAAUUUCGCUCCGUAAUAUUUCUUUGUAGCCCAAUUGACACGGCAUAAUCUGUAAAACUAUACUGUUGUCCUUAAUUAGCCAAAGGGAAACCCUAUAACGUUACCCAGGAAAGCUAGCAUAGCAAUGUUUACAUAGUUUAGCUAAACACUUUCCGAUUGAGUUUUCAUUUCGACAAUAUGUGUUUGAUACGCGUCCUCAAGUAACGUUAGCACUGUAUAUGUUUAACUAGAUAUUAAUUGAGCUAACGUCAAUAUAUUUAGGUUGUCGUCCUGUAAAGACAAAGCCGUCAUCAUGUCUGACCUGCUUAAAGACAAAUCCCAAAGAAGAGAGAAGAGGGCAGGCAAGCUGCCCUCAGAGGGAAACCAUGGAGUCAGAGGCAAAGAAACAACUGGCAAGACUAAAGACUCUAUAAGUACUGUGUCGUACAUGGAUGAACUAGCACACCAUGAUGACAACCCUCGGAUGGCCGUAACAACGGAGAACACCUACCAGAUGGGACCGUACAAACGCAUCCCUAUUCCUGCUGUCACAGACAUACUGAAGGAUGUACUUACCAGCUACCUCCAAGAGGAGGAAUAUGAAGGAGAGUGGUCUCAAAAAAUGACAAAAACAAUAUCUGAGGUGAUAAGAGCCCGUGUGAAGGACCUCAUGAUUCCCCGAUAUAAGAUUGUCGUCCUGGUCCACAUCGGCCAGCUCACCGGGCAGAGCAUGCAAAUCAGCAGCCGCUGUCUGUGGGAUGCAGCUAAUGACACCUUCGCCUCCUACUCCUUCAAGAACAGCUCUCUAUUUGGGGUGGCAACUGUCUACGCUGUUUACUUUGAGUGAAUCAUGCAGACAUUGAAUAGACUCUGAUAAGAACACAAGGGUUGCCUUAGUUAUGCAUUUCUCACAGUUACGAAGAAAAUUGCUGCUGUUGAAGAGUUCUGUAUGUUGUAUAUUUUCCCAUGUAUAAAAUGAUAAAACAAGAAUUUGCAAGUAAAA